GAUAAAAAUUUGUAUUAGAAUUGAAUAUGAAAAAUAAUAGUUUUUUCUUAAGCAAAGAUGGUUUGAUAGCUAUCAAUGGAAUUCAGGAUAUGUGUUAUAUUCUAUUUCAAACUCAUCCAUUAGAUGUAUUAAUCUUAUAUAACAAUAAGAAGAUAGAAGUAAAACAAUAUCAAGUGAAUUUAAAGCUUCACUCUAUUAUACAAGUAGAUAGCUAUUAAGAUUCAGUAGUUAAGCAAACGGUACUGAGUUGGAAUCUCACAGAGUGGACAUCAACUCUGAGAUAUAGGUGCAUCCAGUUGACGAGUCCCAAAUGGAAUAAAACGCGAGUCAAACUGGAUUCCAUUGCUAGCCACUAUUGAUCAUUGUUUUUAAGGCUUAUGACUUUAGGCAAUAUCGAGAUAAUUCGCACAGGAUGCAUAUAUGCCCAUAAAAGACUGAUCAAUUUCAGAACAACACAUAUAAGCGAACAA